GAGAAAAAUAAGAAAACACUGACACAGGUGAGAUUUACAAACACAGAUGGAGAGGCCAAUAGACAGGAGGGUGUUUGAAAAAUUUGGAGAUAUUCAGAAUGGGCAAGUACAUCUCGUUCACAGAUUUACGCACAAAACAGAAAUGGAAUUCUACCUGAUGAUGAACUGCUUAACGCAGAAAGACGACUUCCAGAAACGGGGAUGAAGAUACAAAGUUGCAAAGGUCACUGAAAGCUGAAGUAUCCUUGGACAACGAUGAAGGAAUUUUGGAUUAGGAUUUAAAGACACCCCAGUUUCAUCAUAGUUGACUUCAGAGUUACUCAUUUGACUGAUCUCCUUUUUCUCAGCAGUUUCCACUUUAUCAUCCGUGUCAUCCUCACAAUCCUCAUCAGCAUCAUUAAGGCGGCUUAUCACCUCAUCGCACAUCAUCAUGAUGAUGAACAUUAAUGGUACAGAGUCCUGGCUUUUCAUCAACACUUCCUUUAAUACACCUCAAAUAUCGGGUCCAGCAAACACAAGUGGUAUGGAAAGAUAUCUUCAAAGACUGGCACAUUUAGAUGAGGGGCUCUACAAUGACUUCUAUGGCCUUUGGAUUGCACUGGUGGUCAUAAACUCCCUUAUUUUCCUGGUGGGCAUGGUGCUCAACAUAGUUGCACUUUAUGUUUUCUGUUUCCGCACCAAGCAAAAGACCACCUCAGUCAUCUACACCAUCAACCUGGCCGUGAGUGACCUCUUGGUGAAUCUCUCUCUACCGACUCGCAUCCUGCUCUACUACAGUGGAGGAGCUUGUAUCACCUGCUCAUAUCUGCACAUCUUCAGCUACUUUGUCAACAUGUACUGCAGUAUCCUGUUUCUAACCUGCAUAUGCGUCGACCGGUACCUUGCCAUUGUGCAGGCUGAAGCCUCUCGUCGCUGGAGGAACUCCAGUGUGGCCAAAUGUGUUUGCAUUUCUGUAUGGCUGUUUGCCAUUGUGGUUACCUACUCCUUUCUUUCCACCGCUUUUCAGCACACAGGCUGCUGUCUCUCAAAGCUCCUCUUUCUCACCAUCACUGAGUUCUUUCUACCACUUGUCAUCAUUGUGGUCUUCACUUUGCGCAUUAUGUGGGCCUUAACAGACCGUCGUCUGAUGCAACAGAGCAGGGAUAGGAGAAGGAAAGCUGUCCAGCUGUUGACAACUGUGCUGAUCAUCUUCACAGUCUGUUUCACACCCUUUCAUGUUAGACAGGUGGUGGUAUACUUCUACCCUGACAUGCCUCACCAUGUGAUAGUGUACCAUCUAACUGUCACCCUCAGCAGUUUGAAUAGCUGUAUGGAUCCUGUUGUCUACUGUUUUGUUACAAAUAAUUUCCAGGCCACUAUGAGACAUCUUUUCCGCCGCGCAGAGCCCAAGCAGACCAGUGGUGACAUUGUCAGUAUGCAGCACAGCUCUAAAGCCUCAGCAGGGACGGACAACGCCAUGACUAAUAAUGUUAUAUUGAUGACCAAGAUUCUCAGAUCACUGCAGAGCAGCAACACAGGAAAGGACCGCACACUGUAAAAUAUUUUACAAAGGGUGCAUAAAACUAUAAGUUAUAGGGAUGGCACAGUUAAAGUUCUGAGUUCUGCAACUUGCUGACCAGCAGAACUCAACACAGACACUCAGUGCUGCCAUUGUUUUUUUCAAUGAUGAGCGCCAACACAAUAACAUGCAGAUAUUCACAUGUAUAUGAUAUUCACACCAAGAAACAUUGCCAUCACUCUGGACUGACUUUUCAUUUGUCAAUCUCUAUAGACACUUGGUCAAUUUAGCCAACUGCCCUCUGGAUAUUAUU